GUUGAAAAAAAGGCAAUACCUAUUUUUGAAGCAACCAUUACAGUUUUUGCAUUUAAUAAUUCUUUAUCUUAUAAUACGUUUACAACUAAUGCUUUAAAUACAAAAGCAAUGAAUAUUAAUCCUGAAG